CCGGCUGGCGGCGUUGCGGGCCAGCGAAGGGACACCUUAACGCAACGACCCUCCCGCGGCCGCCCAGCCUACCGCCUAGACCGCCAGAGCUGCCCUCGGGUCGCAGGCAUUCAGACACAUGAGUCUGUGAGGACCACACGUAUACAAACCCACACGACUUCCUUCAGACGAGUCCUCAGCAUUCACUACUCCUUAUCACUGCCCUGAUCAUUUCUGUGGGGAAGCUGGACGGUAGGAGAAGAGAAGAUGUCACUAAGAAACCGGCUGUUAAGAUCUGGUGAGAAUCCUGAGCAAGAUGAAGCCCAGAAAAAUCUCUUGGACACACACAGAAAUGGUCACAUGACCAUGAGACAAUUGAUAGCCAAGAAGAGGCAGUUGGCAGCAGAAGCAGAGGAGCUGAAGCCACUGUUUCUGAAGGAAGUUGGGUGUCACUUUGAUGACUUUGUGACCAACCUCAUCGAAAAGUCAGCAUCUCUGGACAAUGGUGGGUGUGCGCUCACAACCUUCUCCAUUCUUGAAGAAAUGAAACACAACCACAGAGCCAAAGAUCUAAGAGCACCUCCAGAACAAGGGAAGAUUUUUAUUUCAAGGCGGUCUCUGUUAGACGAGCUGUUUGAAGUGGACCACAUCAGAACGAUUUACCACAUGUUCAUCGCGCUCCUCAUCCUCUUCGUCCUCAGCACGCUCGUCGUGGAUUACAUCGAUGAAGGGAGGCUGGUGCUUGAGUUCAAUCUCGUGGCCUAUGCUUUUGGCAAAAUUUCUAUUGUUAUUUGGACAUGGUGGGCCAUGUUCCUGUCUACACUGUCAAUCCCCUAUUUCCUGUUCCAGCAAUGGGCCCACGGUUAUAGCGAGAGUUCUCACCCACUGGUCUAUUCCCUGGUCCAUGGCUCACUCUUCUUAGGCUUUCAACUUGGAAUCUUAGGUUUUGUGCCGACAUAUGUUGUCUUAGCGUACACACUGCCACCGGCCUCCCGAUUCAUUGUGAUACUGGAGCAGAUUCGUUUGGUAAUGAAGGCUCACUCAUUUGUCAGAGAGAAUGUGCCACGAGUACUAAAUGCAGCCAAGGAGAAGUCAAGCACAGUUCCGGUACCCACAGUCAACCAGUACCUGUACUUCCUGUUUGCUCCUACACUUAUUUACCGUGACAACUACCCGAGGACUCCUACAGUCAGAUGGGGUUAUGUUGCUAUGCAGUUCUUACAGGUUUUUGGUUGCCUGUUUUAUGUGUACUACAUCUUUGAGAGACUCUGCGCCCCACUGUUCCGGAAUAUUAAACAGGAGCCCUUCAGUGCUCGUGUCCUGGUCCUGUGUGUAUUUAACUCCAUCUUGCCAGGUGUGCUGAUGCUGUUCCUUUCGUUCUUUGCCUUUUUGCACUGCUGGCUCAAUGCCUUUGCUGAAAUGUUACGCUUUGGUGACAGGAUGUUUUAUAAGGACUGGUGGAACUCUACGUCAUACUCCAACUACUACAGGACCUGGAAUGUGGUGGUCCAUGACUGGCUCUACUACUAUGUUUACAAGGACCUCCUCUGGUUUUUCUCAAAGAGGUUCAAAUCUGCCGCCAUGUUGGCUGUCUUUGCCCUGUCGGCUGUGGUGCAUGAAUACGCCCUUGCUGUCUGCCUGAGCUACUUCUACCCAGUGCUCUUUGUGCUCUUCAUGUUCUUUGGAAUGGCUUUUAACUUCAUUGUUAACGACAGUCGGAAAAGGCCAAUAUGGAACAUCAUGGUAUGGGCUUCUCUGUUCCUGGGCCAAGGAGUCAUUCUGUGCUUUUAUUCUCAAGAGUGGUAUGCUCGUCAGCACUGUCCUCUGAAGAAUCCUACAUUUCUGGAUUAUGUCCGGCCACGGUCCUGGACUUGUCGGUAUGUGUUUUAGAAGCCCUGGCUCUGCCUCCUUUCUUGACACUGAAGAUUGGAUAUUCUUCCUGAUUCCGAGCCAGCCGUCUUCAGCAGUUACUGAAUUCCACGGAGUUUAGAGCUCUCAGGCCUUGCCGAUGGACACCUGGAGUUGGACUGUGGGAAGUUCACUUAGUGAUUUUUUUUUUUAUUUUGUUCCCUUUGAGGGAGAAAGGAGACCAAUUGCAGAGUUUUGCAGGGUUAUCUCAGGUCAAGCCUUGGUAGUUUUAUCUGUUUAUUUCCUUUAUUCCAUCCAACCAGAGACUAAACAUAUCUUGGCCAUGAACUAGCCAAAACACUUAGGAAGACAUCAUUUCAGUAUCUCUGAACUUAGAAGUUUUUUAAUGCACACUAUCAGGAGGUAUGCUAGUGGAUUUGGGAAGAAAUAAAUUUUGUUAUUUUUGGUAGAGAAAAAAAAUACCUAUUUUCCAAAGAUAAUCUUGUUGCCCACUCUGCUCAUAUCUUUUGUUGCUUUUCUGUUUGGCUUUGCUUCCGUGCUGGGAAUGGAACCUGGGUCUUGCUCAGGGGCAGCACACUGAGCCACACACCAGUCCUUAUGUUGUAUUUUUCCUGAAAGUUCUGGUCUACUGUUUGUUUUCCAUUUUCUGUAUAAGUUGUGAUUCUUUUAAACAAUUAGUGUCCUUUCUCUUGAACUCAACACUAGUACAAAUUCAAGGGUCAGAAGUAGAAAGGGAAAAAAAACAUUUUCUUUUGAAACUUCAUUUUAAUACAGACUCACUGAGCUGACCA